UGUGACGUGUCAGUCACGCGGCUUGCGUUCAUGAACCCUGUCCAGUGUAAUUGGAACACGCCUUGCCACGCAGUCUAAUUCUCAAUUUCUCGUUUCACCACUCCGGCGAUAGCUACGCUUCUCAAAAAUCCCAAAAGUUUUUGCAUAAGACACGCUUGAACUCUGGAAAUAUGUGGUUGUCUGAUGCGCAAAAAAUUGGCGUAGCCCUUACGACCUUCGGGACACUAUUCAUGUUCCUCGGUGUCAUGCUGUUCUUCGACGCUGCUUUGUUAGCGCUAGGAAAUAUGCUCUUCUUGUCUGGUCUUACCUUGAUUAUUGGCCCCCAAAAGACAUUCUACUUCUUCGCGCGAAAGCAGAAGCUUCGAGGAACAGCAUGCUUCAUUGGCGGUAUUCUCCUCGUGUUCAUGAAGUAUUCAUUCAUUGGAAUGAUUGUCGAGAUAUUUGGUUUCUUAAACCUGUUUGGCGACUUCUUCCCCGUGGUCGUGACAUUCCUGCGCCAAGUACCAUUCAUUGGCAACCUAUUGUCGCUGCCAUACAUUCGACCUAUCGUGGAUCGUAUAGCGGGUUCAAGGACGUCGGCUGUGUGACACCUCAAACAGGCUCGCCCAACAUCAGAUACUCGGAAUUACAGCGGCAUUUUACAAACAAUCGUCUCGAUGCAUGUACAUGAGAUAAUACCUGAGCGAUGUUGAAUGCCUUAUACUAAUUGAGGGGGUCGUGGUAUACUCUUCCUCCAUCAUGGUCGACAUCCCCCACUUCUCAUGCGACCGCAAUCAAUGCGUCACUGGAUACUCUCCCACUGUUCGAGCGUCCUUUAGCGUCAUCGGGAAGCAAAUCGGUUAGAUGGCAAUCAGCUGCAUGCACAGCGGACAGCUCGUUGCGGUUGCGGAUGUGAAUCCGCUC